GCCUCUACUUCAGUCAAUCCUCUUUGGGUUAGAGUGUGGAUUUUUCUCUAUUACAACAAUUUCCCUGAAGUUUCGAAGUGUUUGGCAGACGAGAUGGUGUACAAAAGGAAGAAAAAUGUCCAGAGUAAUGGGAUGAAAAAGGGGACCAAGACGAAGAGGAAAAUCAAGGAUCUUGACGAGAUUGAUAAUGACCUUAAGGAGGAGAACGCCAGGAAGCUGUUGAAUCAGGAUGUUGAUUUCGAUAAGCCUGGAUCUGCUCAGUUUUACUGUAUUCAUUGCGCGAGAUACUUUAUCAACGACAGAGCCCUAGAGGACCACUUCACGACGAAAGUCCACAAACGUCGAAUGAAAGCCCUCGAAGACGAACCCUACACUAUAGAAGAAUCCGAACGAGCUGCAGGACACGGCAACUGGAUAUCCUCGAAGAAGAGAAAAAUCGAAACCCUUCCCCGUGACGCCUUCAAUGAAAUAGACGUCCCCAAAACGUCAUCCAUUUAACUCCAAA